AUGAUAUCCCUCUUUCUUGCUUCUCUUUCUUCCCUUUCCCUGGCCGCAGCUACCACUCAAUACUGCCCCCUGACUGGCCCUCUCUUUGUCCCCCCACGGAAUCUUUCUGCUGCCUCCUUUUCUUCUGCCGCCGACAACUUCACCUCCACCGUCAAGGACAGUCUCAGCAGCGGCACCUCGCCUCUUGGGCCUCUCCCGAUCAAUACCACGACGUUUUCCGUGCAGUUCUUCUCUGCGCAUUCAGAUGAGCCUCUCUUUCAAUAUGACCACACGGCUCCGUCUGUUGCCAAUGGCUCCGUGGGCUCCAAGCUCUCCUCGGCAGACAGCGUCUAUCGUCUCGGCAGCGUGUCCAAGCUGCUCACCGUGUUGACUUGGCUCGUCCAUGAUGGGGAUCAUCACUGGUCGAACGCCAUCACCGACUUGGUUCCCGAGUUGCUCCAAGCCAAAGGAGAUAUCGUCGAUAAGGUGGACUGGGAGUCCGUCACGGUUGGCGAUCUUGCGAGCCAGUUGGGCGGGGUUCCACAUGAUUAUGCGUUUGGCGAUCUCUACGGUAUCCUGGGCGAUGAAGCCCUGCUGUACGGUUUCCCCCCUCUGGCAGAGAAGAACAUCCCCCCCUGUGGACUGGGCGAGGGUGUGUGGGAUCAAGAAGCGCCGUGCAACAGAACAGAAUUCCUCGACGGAUUCAGAAACGAACCCCCCUCAUACGCCCCCGCCUCAUAUCCCGCAUACUCGAACGGCGCGUACGAACUGCUCGCCUUUGCCCUGGUGAGGAUCACCGGCAAGCCGUUUGAAGAGCUGUUCGAUGAAGCUCUCGUGCAGCCGCUGGGUCUGAACUCGACCUUCUAUUCGAUGCCGAAUGACACGGACAUUGGCAUCAUUCCCGGGAAUCAGACCACCAGCGGUUGGAACUUUGACCUGGGCAGUGGAACUCCGUUCGGCGGGAUCUACUCGAGCACCCACGAUCUCGGCGUCAUUGGCCGCGCCAUCCUCCAGGCCACACGGCCGAUCUCCAACUCCAGCGCCGCCUCGUUGAACAUGACCUCUGCCACUGCCCGCCGCUGGCUCAAACCUCACAGCUUCGCCAACAGUCUGCACGGCGCCGUCGGGGCCCCCUGGGAGAUCUACCGCUGGGAGAUGCCCACCAUCCCGCACGCGGUCGACGUGUACACCAAAUCCGGAGACGGGGGUUACUACGCGGGCAUCCUUGCCGUCAUUCCCGAAUGGGAGGUUGGGUUCAGCAUCCUCGCCGCCGACGAGACAGCUCCCGUGGACAGCGUCUUGGUCCUGGCGAAUCUCCUGGCCGAGGCGUUUUUCCCGACCUUGCAUUCCAUCGCGCAGAACGAGACUGCCCGCCUCUUUGCAGGCCGGUACGCUGCAAACAGCACCACCGGGUUGAACUCGAGCAUGGUCUUGUCCAGCUCCGCCGAUGCUCCGGGCAUUGGAGUCGACGAGUGGAUCAGCAACGGGACCGACUUCAUCGCCGCUUUCACUGAAAUGGAGGAAUACCAAAGCACCAGCGUCCGCCUGUACCCGAUGAACCUGUACACCCCCCCGUCGACGAACGGUGACUUCCAAAUCGCUUUCCGCGCCGUCUAUACCGGUCAGGGACAGGACUACCCGCGUUCUUCUUCCUUGAUCUGGCCCCAGUGUCAGGCGUGGACGGAUAUCGAUAACAUGCGUUAUGGAAAUAUCGGAUACGACCUCGUGGUCAUCACGCUGAGCGAGAGCGAUGGAGUCUUACACCAGGCUGAGAAGGUGGAGGCCAGGAUGCUCCAGGGGGUGUAUUAUAGGGAAUAG